AUAUGCUCUGUUACUGUAGCAACGAGUUUAACAGAGCACUGUGGACAGGUUAUUGUUUAUAUUGCAGUUUGGACUUUUACACAUCAUUGAUAGUAGUUCAAUAUCUCAAGAAGCUCUGAAAUUCAUCCGGGGUUUACCAUGAAUUACCAUCCUUUCAAUGUGGAUUGGCUGGACUCUAGUCUCCAAGCAACAUUGUUACCUGGGAAACCAUGGCACAAGAUAUGUGAGAAAUUGGAACAUGCUCUUGCUCAUGAACUUGAAGGUCAUUUGAAGAAUCCUGAGCAAAGACAGAUAAUUUUUCAACUACUGGGGAUUCCUUAUGUACAGAAGCACUUCAGCAACUAUCCAGAUCAGCUCAGUUUACUGCAAACACCCAAUAUGACUGCUAGCCAACAUGAGCUUCAACUGCAGAGUACACAAGUUUGGCUACAAGAUCUGCUGACGAAAGUAGCCAAACAGUGCGGCUGCCAAAGGAAUCCAGCUGGUGAUUAUUCUGACCUGUCGUCCGAGAUGAUCAACUUCAUUGAUGACACAAAUAAUCUGGUUUUCAAGGAGAUGGAUCAGCUACUGGCAAGACAUGAGACAAAACAAAACGAACCUGUAUCCAACUUGGCACAAAGCUGUAUUACAUGGAAGAGCCCACGGGCAGAAUUGAUCAGGAGACAUCCUAAAUCAGUAGAGAGUAAAGACUUGCACCUGACAAUGCGGCGAGGAUCAGCAUUUCAGUUAACAACAAAUGAUGGGGACAACCUGCAGCCCAAGCUGAAUCCUCCACCACUGAGCAGUACGCAGAGUGAAAUACUUGGAGGUUCAAUCUGUGCCAUCCUCCAAACAGAUUGUGAACAAAUGCCUGUCAUUUUUGAACGGUUGAGGGGGAAGUUGCUUCCGACAACAUUGAGAAGCUUCACCUGGCUGGAUAAGCUGCUGAAAGUGGAGAAACAAAAUCAUGCCAUUACUUCAGUGCAUGUUGAGAAAACUAUUAGAGUGCAGUUUGGGCGGGUAGUUGCACACAGGGUUUCCGAAUUGAAACUGAAAAGUGCAACACAAUCUCCUAUUUCAAGACUGGUGGAAAAUGCUGUAGUUGAGAAAUUUGAAAAGACACCCUGCAUGCAGCCAUUUGCCACAAAUGCGCAGAUGAUUCUAGAGGCCAGUAAAGCACUCAACGUACUGUAUGUUUAUGAUGGAACAUAUGAACCCUACCUAAUCUACUGGCUCUUUCCUCUCCAGAUUGCUUUCAAACAGGCAUCAGCAAAGGCUGAACAUCCAUAUGAAUUGGCAAUGUACCUGCAUCUGCUCAUUUGCAAUCUGUUCCCAAGUUGGCCUGAAAUUUUUGGAAUGGCAGAACGAGUCAUGAAUCGUCUCAAAAAAGAAGACUCUGAAAUCUUCACACACCUUCAUUCCUGUUUCAUGAAAAACAUCCUAAUUGAGCCCGAGGAAUUCUUAUUGGAGCAGAUUGCUUGGGAGAAGACACAAGCUGAGGAAUUGCAUAAUAUUAGGCUUGGCUCUGAAGAAUUACCUCGCAUUAGCAAAGAAUUAUUAAGAAAUCCACUAAUUGUCUUCAGGAAAUGGAUGGGAGAGGGUUUUGUCAGCAUCUUGCAUCUGCCAGCGGUGUUGUUGAUCUGGGACCAGCUGUUCAUGCAAGACUGGAAGCUUCAGGUGAUGGAGGAUUUCUGCCUGGCUGUCCUCCUGCUACAGAAGGAAUAUUUGAUGGCGGCCACUGAUCAUCAAAGUUUGAAAGAGGUAUUCCUUGUUCAUGCCAGUCACCUAUAUACAUUAGAUAUUCAAAGAUCUUGGAUUCAUUUGCAACAAGGUGGCCUACCAACUGAUAUCCCUGGAUUGAACCAACUAAAAUUGAGGACUCUGAAUGGAAUAUUCACAAAGAACAACGGGUCAUUGAAAGGUAUCAGCAAUGACACAAAUCUUAAAAUCAGUAUCGGUGAGAUACUUCCUAUUGGACUAAAGAAUAUUUCAGUGAAACUAAUAUUGUUGAAAUCCAUGUCAGAGGUGUGGUGGAAGGACUUUAAUCCCCUUGAUGUGAAGUUAACUGUUUCUAUAUUCUACAGUAACUUGAUGUUGCACUCAAAGACCUCUCUUUGUAAACCAACUCUCUCGAAUAGAAAUGAAGAAAGAACACGCAAGGAGGCAACAAUGAGUGAAAUUGCUCUCGGGUUUGAUGAAAAAUUUGAGUUUGAGCUACUUGAUCCAUCCAUAUUCAAAGUCACGGAUCCAACUGAGGACCAGCCAUAUGUGAUUAUUAGACUGCUGUAUUCUCCCAAUGUGAAAGACUUUGGAGGAGUGACCAUGGGCUGGGUUAAGUUACACACAUUUUACCAGGAAACCAAAGCUACUAGAUUGGUGUGGGCAUCCAAUCCACAGUGUUUGGUCACUGUAUUGCAUCCUGGGAAGCCCCCUGACAAUGUUGCUGAAGGAGAUCCACCUUGCAGCUACACUGAACUUGUCCAGCAGGGAUCAGAGAUCGCACUGGCUAUUUACGAUCCAAUCCUGGAAAAGCAGAGACAGAAUGACCAGAAAACAGACAGGGAGAGAGUUUUGUCAUCUGAUGAAUACUUUCUUUCUCGGCCAUGGGUUGCCCAUAAUCCAGCUAUUGCAUUACCACAUCCAACAAUGGUAAAUGAGCCUUUUGAUCUGUACAUUGAUGCAAUACGUUAUAUCCCAGACAAUGCAACCAUUACCAAGGUGAUUGGACGAAUAGUGCAUUCAGGCCACAGUGACCUCCCUGAUAUCUUGGCUUUCCCAGUACUCAAUAGCCCAGCAAGGUGCCCAGAGUUCCAUUACUGCAUGACUAUAAAUGUGAAGGGCAAAGAAACACUAGAUCCCAAUGUGUUGGUUUUGCUUAGAGUGUACACAAUCGAUUUUGAUACAGGUGACCUGGUCAUUAUUGGCAACACCGUGGUUUCCUUGUUCAAUGAAAAUGGAGAGUUAAAUGUUGGAGGAUUCCAACUCAAAUUGAAACAAGGGAUGCCAUCAAAAGAACAGACUCCUCUUAAUGCACCAUCGUUCAAUCAUCAACGUAGAGUUCCCUGCUGUACUUUGUUAAUUCGACUUUUACCACACACACAGAAUCCUGUGCCUCCUCCAGACUAUCUAAGUGGAUUUUACUUCACUGAGGAUGCAAAACCAAGUAAAUCAGAUCUGCAGAUAAUUUCAUCCUUCCAGCAAAACAAGGAGUUCCCAAACUCUGUGGCCGAUGCAACAGCACAGUUAAUGACCAAGGAACAAAAGAACAUUCCUCCUGAACAGUGGAUGGCCUGGUACAAGAAAAGAUUAGACAACAGGAAACACCUUUUACAUGAGCAGCCAUCAGCACAUCUUAGUUUAGUCCGUAUGGUUCGAUACCACCAACGAACUGGAAUCCAUCUACGAAUUUCUCAGGUCUAUGGCUUGAAAGAAGAUGGCCUUUAUGUGAAUGCUUUUGCCAGAAUUCUGAAAGGAGACCAUGCUUUGCGAGUGCCUGAAACAGCUGAAGCUGGGGGCAGUGAAGAAAAAUUCUUGACCCGUCUGCAUGAUUUUGCCAGCCUUCAGAGAUCACCUCGGUGGAAAGAUCCAACUUGGGUGUUACAUCCAUGUUGGGAUACCCACAGUGUGCUACUCAUCCAGAUAUUCGGUAUCAAUGUUAUCUACAAACCUGAUCCUAGUGGUCAGCAUCCAGGCAAAGUCACAUCACACACAGGAGAGGAGCCAGAACUGGAUGCACUUUUACAGUUGGGGUGGUCAGCCAUUCCUCUUUUUUGUGGUCCAUACGUAAAUACUGGGCUCCAUAAUGCACCACUUUUUCAAGGUGCUCCAGAUGCUGAAUUCCUGAAUGAUGCACUUUCACGUCCUUUACAACAUGUCGUGGGAAACUGUCUGAAUAAAAACAUAUUGACACUUACAAAAGAAUACAGCAGCAUUGCAAUAGAAGUAUGGGAUGGACAUUAUUUUGAUGAUGAGCGUUGUGACUUACCGGUUAUUAAUGAUCUUCUCACAAUAGAUAAAAUGAAUAAAUUUCUAAAAGUCCAAUUGAACAAGAAGGGUAAGAACAUGACACAGCUUGUUCUUCAGAAUCUAGAUUGGAGAAUCCAGAAAUCUGGAAGCAACCGCCCUGAGUAUUUACGUGAGGAACAGUUUUAUGAAGAAGCAAUGGCAAAGGCAUUCUACACACUGGUGGAAUCAGCACAAAUGAAUGCAAGAUUUGACCCUCUCUGAAUGAAAAUUGGAUGACGUGAGCUACUUGUAGGUGUGAAGAUACGGACAGUGACUCAUAUAUAUAAAUUUCAUGACUAUGGGAGAUCCGUAAUCUUCUCGGAAACUGUUUUUUUAAAAACUACGUCUAAAAAAUUAUGCAUGUUUUAUUUUCUCCUGACAGGCUAUCAUUGCGCUUAUCCCUUUAAAAUCUUUUUGACAAUUUUUUUUGAACGAAUUAAAGUUUUAGUGAGAAGAUGACAAACUAAA